AAGGGCUUUAAGCCUUUUAGCCCCAUGGUCUCAACUCUCAAGUUGAUUUGAGACCCUCCAAACCCUAGCAUCAAACAUCUUUUCCCUGCAGAGAAAAAGUUAGAAGAACCAUGUCUGAUGAAGUGGUUGUAAACGGUGCCGGCGCCGACGUGGAUGUUGAAAUAGCAGCAAAGGAAGAAGAUUCCGACGGAACUAUGAACCUAACUGUUCAAAAAUUGAUGCAAAAGCUCGCGAUUUUGGAGCAGGAAAAACAAGAACUUAUCAACGAUAAGGAAUCGGCUACUGCAAAAAUCAAGGAACUUGAGGAUGAGAUCAAGACGUCCGAAUCCGAUAUGAGGGCUUUGACUUCGAUUGCUGGAAGGGCGGCUGAACUCGAGACUGAGGUGUCGAGGAUGCAACAUGAUUUAAUUUCGUCGAUGUCGGAUGCACAAGAAUCUAAUGCUGAGGUAUCUGAAUUGAAACGAGUCGUGGAAGAAUUAAAGAAGAGCGAAUCAGAGAAAGCAGAGAAAGUUGAUGUUAUUGAGAACGAGAGGAACUUGCUGUUGGAACGUUUGAAUAAAGAGGCCGAAAAACUAAAGGAGGAGGAGAAUCAAAUUCGCGAACUCGAGAGGAAGAUUGAGAGUCUUGAGACGAGGGAGAGUAGUCAGAAGAGUGAGAGGCUCAAGGUUGAGGAAGAAGCUAAAGCAAAAAUCAGCAAGAAAGAUGAUCAGAUACAGAGUUUGAGUAUGAUGGUUGACGAGUUCCAAUCUGUAAUCGUCAAGAAUCGUGAAGAUAUGGAGAAAUCAGAAAAGGAGAAAGAGGAGUUGGAGAUUAGGAAGAAUGAUUUGGAAGCCCUGUUGAAGAAUUCAGAGAGUAAGGUUAAGGAGAUGGAGGACAGAUUGGAUCAAUUACAAAAAGAAUUGGAAGCGUACGAGAAGAUUAACAGUGUUCUGAAGGAGAAAGUGGUAGAGGAUACCAAUGGCAUAGAAGCUAAGAGAGGUAUCGUCCUCAAUGGUGAUGAGAAGAAGCUCGAUUGGCCCAUUGUUGCUGUGGGAGCUGGUGCUAUUGCUACAGUAGCACUUGUGUACUUCCGUCAUGCAAACAGGUGAGCCUGAGGUUUUCUUUGUGUUCUAAUUAAAAUAUGCUUCGAGUUUUAUAGGUUUUUUGAGUUGAUCGGCUUGAACCAUAUUCUAAAGGACAUGUUUUAUUUGUCCAAUAAUCGUAGUCUAUGUUUUGUAUUGAUAUAAUAUUUUUCAUUUUAUCCUUUAAUAUCAUGAUUGUCGAUUUUGGUGUGUUAAUUAGAAAAAUGAAGAAAAAAAAAGGUACUAUUUGUCUAA